AUGACAGAACCAGAUAUCCACCCUCCCAAUUUCACAUCGUGCUUGGACCAAACCCAAAGCCCACUCUUCUCGAUAAUACCCCCAGAAGUCCGCCGGGAAAUCUUCGCCUACGCUCUUGCCGCAUUUGAGGACACCAACAAUCCAUACAGCAAAGACACAUACUGGACACGACCGGGCUAUGACGCCCCGCACCGCACCCACACAGAGCUCCUCCGGAGCUGUAAACGCGUCUACCAGGAAGCCUGGUUCAUGCCGUUCACAUACGCCGAGCACGCCUUCUACCUAACAUGGCACGACCGAGCACCGGAACAGCUCUUGCCAACGGCAUUCCAGCAGUGCCUGGACUUAAUCUAUCAGAUGCACGGCAAGGUCGAGGCUGGCAGGAUCAGGAUCUUCGCGCAGCUUUUCAUGCUCGAAAAAGGACAUGCGAUGAAGGCGUUGCUGGACAUGACGCAUUUCUAUCCCCGGAGCAUCACGCUGACGAUCCGGUACACGGAUUUCUGGAUGUGGGAGGACAACCAGCCUCUCUAUAUUAAUGCGGAGUGGGUGAAUAGGAUCUGUUUCCCGGAAAGUGUGACGCGCUUCAGCAUGGAUUUUGAGAGUAUUGAGCGUCGCAGGGACGAGGUCGAGUAUAUUGCCAACGAGGCGGCUGAGAAGUGGUUCUUCCGGCGGAAGGACGGGAAGUUCCUGACGGCUGAUAAGGCUGAUAUGUCGGUGUCGCAGUGGACGGGGAGUUCUAUUUUAAAGGGAGAGAGAUGGAUGAGGGAUGAGGUUCGACCGGGUCAAUUGGAUUAUUAUGUUGUCACGGUCGUAUGGAAGGUAUCCCCUGAAUUAGCGGAGGCGCCGUUACCCACGCCGUGUCCGACGGUCGAGCUACCGCGAGAUUUCCACCAGCCGGCGCCUCCAUUUACUGCAGCGGUGUGUGUGAGUGUUGCGGAAUUGGAGGACGCGAAUAUAGCGCUGGAUACACCGGCUGAGAAGACUUGGUUUCUGCUUGAGGCGCAUCAAAGAGCGAUGGAGGAGGUAGACGAAGACGCCGAACUCCAAGAUGAAGGCAUGUGGAGUGACUAG